AUGUCAAGAAGAAAACCUCCGUAUGAGAGAAUCGAUCGUGAUGUUGCUCGGCGAUACGAGCUCAUUUCUCGCAUCGGGCGGGGGUGCUACGGCGUCGUGUUUGAGGUCAUGCUCCGGGAUCCCACGAAGUUCGACAAGUUCGCAAUGAAAAAGGUGCUUUACGCCUUCAACAACUCCACGGAUGCCCAGCGGACGUACAGAGAGGUCUCAUACCUCAUGGAGUUCGGCAGCCACACGAACAUUGUCUAUGUGCAUGAUGUGCUCGUCUCUGCGGAUGACAAACAUCUCUACAUUGUCACGGACUUGAUGGAGUCUGACCUGUGCAGAGCUAUCAAGUGCAACUGUUUAGGCAUCGUGCACAAGUCCCUCAUCUCUUACCAAGUGCUUCGAGCUCUGAAGUACAUCCACUCAGCGGGAGUCAUGCACCGUGACCUGAAACCCGGGAACAUCUUCCUGGACCGAAACUGCCAGGUUUUGGUGGGAGAUUUUGGCUUGGCCAGGUCCUCGCCGAUUGACCCCACCUCUGGAGAUGGAGUCAUGUUGACGGACUACAUCGGUCCACGCUGGUACCGGAGCCCAGAGCAGUUGCUCGGUGCAAGGUGCUACUUCACGGCAGUGGACAUCUGGGCUUGGGGAUGCGUCGUUGCGGAGAUGCACCUGGGGAAACCGAUCCUCAAGGGCUCCUCCACAAUCGACAUGAUGCACAACAUCGUCGAGCUUCUGGGCACUCCAUUAGAGGCAGACGUUGACGCCAUGCAAGCCCAAUAUGCGCACAUGUCACUUCAGCAGCUGCCCAUUUCUCUGCCGACCCUCGCCUUCGCGGAGAUCAUCCCGGACUGUUCGCAAGUUCUCUGCGACCUGCUGGAGCUCUGCUUCCAGUGGAAUCCGAUGAAACGGCUGACUGCAGUGGAGGCACUGCGGCAUCCGUUUCUGUCGGCAUUCCACGACCCGGAUGCAGAACCUGUCUUCGGCCAUCGGCUUGAACUUACGCUGCCAGACGGCCACAAGUUCUCGACGUCGCAGUAUCGCGAUCAGGCCGACGUGGCCGAAAGCAACUUUUUCCCGGAAGGGAAAGGGCUCUUCUUGCCCGAGUUUGCACGCGGUGGUGUAGCUGUGGGCUUGAGCCGAUGCAGCCAAAGACGGCACCACCAGCAAGCCAGGGCAAAGCGUCUGGCUUGCGUAGCUCGCUUUGCGGAUCAGGCGAAUGCCGUCCAGGGGUUUAUUGACUGGAUGGAUGCAUCAGGUAUCGUGACCUCGAACAACCUCGAGAUUUUGCCAGACCCAGAGGGAGGUCGGUGUGUGAAGAGUACGGCAGCCAUUCAGAAGGGUGAGGUACUGGUGCAACUUCCCGAAGCAUCUGCAGUAUCUGUCGACAUGUCCGAGGCUUCAGACGCACCUUCGGAGUUGGCGCCCUUGGCCGAGUGGUGGUCAGGAAAUCCUCGAAGUUCCAUUCGCCUGGCAGCGGUGCUGGUCUUCCAGCGGGAGAAGUUUGGGCCCUACAUCGACAUGCUCUAUCCCAUGGAGAACAUCUACGCCCCAUGGCUGUGGGAAGAUGAGGAUCUGAGGUUUCUUCCUGACCAACUAGCUGCAAAAGCAGCAGCCCGAAGGAGAGCAUUGGACAGUGCGUGCGCAGACCUCAAAGCCAAAGGUCUUGCGGAGGCUGUGCCGGAAGAGCUAUUUCUACGUGCUCACCACGCCGCUGCUUCGAGAGCCUUCGCCGGCGAGGAGCUGCGGCUUACAUUCGCACGGCUCGCGAGCAGCUGCUGCAACUGGUGUGACCAGUUCGUAUCUCGGUUAGUGGUUGAUACGCUUCUCUGCGUUGCAGAGCAAGCCUUGAUGCAGCAGCUGGUGUUGGAGCGGUUGGAGUUGCGGCUUCUGGAGCAGUUGUCUAGGAGCAUCCACGCAGAAUCCGAGGCGCUCAGCGAAGACUCCAAGGUCUUGUCCCUGUUGCCAAUGAUCGACCAGAUCAAUCACAAGAGCGGGGCUCCUCCCGAUUUGCAAUUCGAUCCCGCCAGCCGACGGUGGGAGCUCAGGGCUCUUCGAGCGUAUAGCGCUGGUGAAGAGAUUUGUUUCAGCUAUGGCGACAAGGACAGCGACGCAUUGCUGCUGCAGCAUGGCUUCGUGGAAGAGGACAACGGGGCCGACAAGCUGACGCUGCCUCUGCCAGCAGCCGGCUUGUACGGUUUGUCUGCGAAGGCCAAGUCAGAGUUCGAUGCGCUGGGUGUCCAGGAACUGGUGUUUGCCAGAGACGGCUCCCUGCAGGGCCUGACUGAGGUGUCGCGGCAGAACUUAGCCGAGGUGGUUGCGGCCACGCUGCGAUCUGCUGUUCCCAGCUGUUCAGCUGCCGAGGACGCAGAGGUGUCCCGGUCAGUGUCCUCGCCGGGCAUCGGUCGAGUUCUGCUGCGCCGGAUGCUUUCCACAGGGCGCAGUCUUUUUUGGUAA